AUGAGUGGUCCAAAGAGCUAUUUUGAUAUUUCAAUUGGUGGUAAACCUGUUGGACGUAUUGUCUUUGAUUUAUUUGAAGAGACUGCUCCAAAGACAGUCAAGAAUUUUGUUACUUUAUGUGAUGAAGAUAACGGUUUGAAAUGUAAGUCGAAGCCUGAUGUGUCAUUGUGUUACAAGGGGUCUUUGUUCCACAGGGUGAUCAAGGAUUUUAUGUGUCAAUUUGGUGAUUUCACCAAUUUUGAUGGGACUGGUGGUGAGAGUAUAUACGGUGAAAAGUUUGAAGAUGAAAAUUUCACUUUGAAGCAUGAUAGACCUUUCUUGUUGUCGAUGGCAAAUGCUGGUCCAAACACCAAUGGUUCUCAGUGUUUCAUCACAACUACUGAUACUCCUCACUUGGACGGCAAACAUGUUGUGUUCGGUGAGGUCAUUCAAGGUAAGAGAAUUGUCAGAUUAAUGGAAAACUUGCAAUGCGACCAAGAAAACAACAGACCAAUGUUAGACGUCAAGAUUGACUCAUGUGGUAUUUUGCCUAACGACUACCAGGUUCCAGAAGAUGCUGAGGCAACUCCUACCGAUGAGUUCGGUGAUAACUAUGAAAAUUCUUUGAAAGCUGACCCUAAGGUCGAUAUCAAUGACUUCAAAUCCGUCAUCGAGGCUAUCGAGAAGGUCAAAGCAAUCGGUACCGAGCAGUUCAAGAAACAAAAUUUCCCAGUGGCAUUAGAAAAAUAUACCAAGUGUGACAAAUUCUUGAAAGAGUAUUUCCCAGAAGACCUACCAGAAGACGAGAUCAAACAAGUCAAUCAAUUGAAAGUGUCAAUCCCAUUGAACAUCGCUAUCUGUGGGUUGAAGACUAAGGAUUACCAAAAAGUCCUUGUUGCAGGUUCAGAAGUUCUUUACGCCGAAGACGCAGAUGACAAGUCCAAGGCUAAGGCCCUUUACCGUCGUGGUCUAGCUUACUACCAUCUGAACGACACAGACUCAGCAAUGAUAGAUUUGGAAAUGGCAACCACUUUCCAGCAAGAUGAUGCGGCUAUCUUGAAAGCUAUCCAAGAUACCAAAGCCAAGAGAAAGGCUGAAAAUGAAAAACAAAAGAAAUCGCUAUCCAAAAUGUUCUCAUAA